UUUUUAAAGUUUGUGUGUUACUCUUUGCUUUCUUAAUCAACUUCUCUGUAUUUUUUGAAUUUGAAUUGGUUCCUUGUUUUGCUUUUGCUCAUGACACUUUUUCUAUGCAAUUAUUUCCAACAGAAUUGAGGCAAUCAAAAACUUAUUAUAUGUUGCGUACAACAAUAGCAAUGGUCACACAAACAAUUGGCCCAAUACUUUUGAUUACUUUUUUAACAGCGAUUACAGAAUAUAAAGUUGCUGUUUCAUUAAAAGCUAGAAGAAUACUUUUUGAAGCUCAAAAUAGAAGCCGUUCAGUUGUUGCGUUGGAAGAAUUGAAAGAAAAAGUUUCGAGAACUGUUUCAAUAUUUAUUGCUAUUAAAUUUUUAAUUUUAAGAUCUCUACCAAUUUUCUUUGAUAUUUAUGAAACAUUUUAUGGAAUAGACUCUUUUGGAAUUAUUUUAAGUAUAUUGGUUAGAUUAUCCGAUUUUGGUGUUGUAUUAAAUUCUGCUACAAAUUCCUUCGCUUAUUUUGGCAAAACAGAAUUUUUUGCUAACAGAUUAAAAAGUAAAUUGUUAAAAGAAAGACAACAUAUAAUGGUAGCUAAGGCAGCUUCUGCUUGUUUAAUUACUGGAAUACCACCAAAAUAUUUGCCUAAACAAAUUAUCAGUUCUAGCCAUAUAAACAAAGGAUUGAAUCUUUCCGAUAUUGUUCGUCGUCGUAAUCAACGGAAAACCCUCAGUUACUUCUCCCGUGAUUCCCCCAACAAUUCUCUCUCAACUUGUGGUUCUCCUUCAGGCACCCCCUUACUUCGAAGUAGCCACUUUCUUUCUCUUCGGAAUGGAUCUGCUGUAGUCCACACCCACCCCUUAAUUAAACGGCUAGAAUCUCCUUUGGCUACAAACAAUUUUAAAAUUAAAAAAGAGGAAGAAGGAAAGGUGUGUGAACAAAUUAAUGAAUUUGGAAAUAUUGUGGAAACUUGUAAUGAUCCGACAACAACUAAUUGUUUAAUUGAAUUGGUGGGAAAUGGAGAAGGAAAGGAAGGGAAUGUUCCUUGA